AUGUCUCUCAAACGAAAAGGCGUCGAUGUGGCGACUGAAGCUGCCAAGAAGCCAAAGGCCAAUGGCUCCAUUACAGCAUUCUUCGGCCAGCCAAAGACAAACCCUCCCACAUCAUCCACGAACCCAUCACAACCAGCAUCUUCACCAACAGCACCAGAAACCGUACCCACCAAGUUCGACAAAGAAGCAUGGAUCGCCAAGCUAUCAGACGACCACAAGCAGCUCCUCAAGCUAGAAAUCGAGACACUCCACGAAAGCUGGCUAGCCGUACUCAAGGACGAAGUCAUCAGCCCCGAAUUCCUAAACCUCAAGCGUUUCCUCAAGAAAGAAGUAGAAACAGGCAAGAAAGUCUUUCCACCAAGUGAAGACGUCUAUAGCUGGUCACGACAUACACCCCUCCCCUCUGUCAAAGCCGUCAUCCUAGGCCAAGACCCCUACCACAACCUCAACCAAGCCCACGGCCUCUGCUUCUCCGUCCGCCCACCCACGAAGGCACCGCCCAGCCUCAAGAACAUGUACAUCGCCCUCAAGAAAGACUACCCUUUCUUUAAAGAACCACCCCAGAACGGCGGCCUCCUCACACCAUGGGCAGAUCGAGGCGUCCUUCUCCUCAACACCUGCUUGACUGUCCGCGCCCACGAAGCAAAUUCGCACGCAAAACAAGGCUGGGAGAAGUUCACGCAAAAGGUCAUCGACACAGUCGCAGCGAAGAGAACAAAGGGCGUGGUGUUCCUGGCAUGGGGCAAGCCAGCGCAGGAUCGGUGCAAGAAGAUCAAUGGGAGCAAACACUUGGUGCUGAAGAGCGUACAUCCGAGUCCGCUGAGUGCGCACAAGGGGUUCUUGGAUUGUGGACAUUUCAAGGCGGCGAAUGAGUGGUUGCAGGAAAAGUACGGAGAGGAUGGCAUUAUUGAUUGGAACCUCGAUGUCAAGCCAGAGGAUGCUGGUGUUUGA